AUGGCUCUACCUCGAUCAGAAUAUCUCUCCGACGUCUGGCGGGACGGUAUCUUCGACAACAAAGUCGUCUUCUGUACUGGCGGAGCAGGUACGAUAUGUUCCGCUCAAGUGCGCGCAAUGGUUCACCUAGGCGCCAACGCGUGUAUUAUCGGACGCAAUCCAUCCAAGACUGAAUCUAUGGCCAAAUCCAUUGAGACUGCACGUUCCGGAUCGAAAGUCAUUGGAAUCGGCGGUGUGGAUGUGAGAAACAUAAAGAAUUUGGAGAGUGCGGUAGAGACAUGCGUAAAGGAAUUAGGGAGCAUUGACUUUGUUAUCGCUGGAGCAGCAGGAAAUUUUAUUUCACCCCUCGAAGGUCUCUCCUCGAACGCUUUCCGAACUGUCCUUGAAAUCGACACUCUCGGCUCUUUCAACACCCUCAAAGCUACUCUCCCACACCUCAUAAAAUCCGCCUCUGCCCAUCCAAACAAAGCUUCUAACCCCAACACUGGAGGCCGCAUAAUUUUCAUCUCUGCCACGUUCCAUUUCACUGGAAUGGCACUUCAGGGACACGCAGCAGCAGCAAAAGCAGGCGUCGACGCUAUUUCUGCAACGGCCGCCUUGGAAUACGGUCCAAGGGGAAUAACUAGUAAUGUGAUUACUCCAGGACCCAUAGAAGGAACGGAGGGAAUGGCAAGGCUGGGCGAUAAGGAGAGCGAAGCUAGCGGAGAUGCGCAAAGAAGAAAUCCAUUGGGGAGAUAUGGCACAGUAAAGGAAAUUGCAGAUGGUACUGUGUACUUGUUCAGCGAUGCAGGCAGCUUUGUCAAUGGUGAAGUUUUGGUUAUUGACGGAGGAAAUUGGAGGCACCCGGGAGGAAUGGCGGGAGCAAAGAGAUACCCCGAUUAUUUACUAGACGAUACAUUCGUGCGAAGAAAGGAGUCGAAGUUGUGA